GAAAAAAUUAGGGUUUUUGCUCUUCAAGCUCGAGAGAGAGUGUGUGUAUCUUUCAAUGGGGUCGCUGUUGAAAUUCGAAGAAGAUGAAGAAGAAGAAGAAGCGAGAUACCAUGAUCAACAGCAGGAGAGGUCGAGGUCGUUGUUAUCACCAUCAUCGUCAUCCUCAUCUUCAUACAGUCAGAAACUGGUGCCCUGGUUGAGCUGGGACGAGUGGCUCUUCGUCGAGCACUCUCUCUUCUUGGACUCCCCAGACUCCGUAGCCUCGGCACUUAAAAGAAUUUUGGCAUGGCAAAGUAGAGGAUGUCUUCCAGUGGCAAUCGAAGUAACGGCUUCGAUUAUUGAAAUUCAUCAAAGAGAUCCUCACUUUAGAAAGGACCAAUUAGAUGGUGCUUCAAUUAAUUGUAGAGCAGAUCAAACCAAUGAUGCUUCACUCUCAGAGGAAAUGUUGGCGAUGUUGUAUUGCAUGGCAAUUAUAAGGCUUGUGAACGGUGUUGUGGAGAAGACACGUAAAAAAACAGAGGCUUCAAUUGCUGUGGCAGCUGGUGCAAUUGGUAUUCCAAGAAUGUUGAUUGAUAUUCGUCAUGAGGGAUCUCACCGUGAACUUCCUGCGCUUAAGAUAGUUCGUAGGGCCUCAGUUAAGGCACUUGAUUGGUUGAAAUCCUAUUAUUGGGAGCCUCAGAAGAAAGCAAUACCAUUUCGAGGUGAUGAAACUGCUAGCAUUGGAGAAGAAAUCAGAUCUAAACUCUGUGAAUUAGCUUUCACCCUGAAAGUUUACCAAAGUCCCCAAUGUGUUUCUUCAUCAGAAAAGGGAAAACGUAGCAGACAUCGUAAAUUACUUUGUGGGCGUAAUAAAUUUUUCUCACUUGUGGGUAGCAAGCACCAAUCACCCAAAUCUGGAGUUUCUAAGAAACAGAUUACCAAGAGCUUGAAAAUUCUUGUUCGGUUAUAUUCAUCUUUCUCUACGGAAGUUGUAUCUAUGUUGCUGGAGUUCUUGCUGAAAGCUAUAAAUUCAUCAGACUUGGUUGAUCUUCAAAAAGAUUCCCAAGUUGGCCCAAUUAUGCACACUUUGUUGGAUGAUUGGAAGCUUGUUAUAACAAAACUCUCAAAUAAGGAACCAGAAUUACUGCUGACCCUUCUUAAAGCAGUUCUUGAUAUGAUUGAAACUCAGAAAGCCAUGGAAAAUGAGACAGGAAGACAUCAUCAGACAUCGUCAGACUAUAAUAGGCAAGAGAUUUGCCAAAUUGAGCAUCUUUCAUUUUUGUUUGCAUGGCUUGUUGGAAGUCUCAAGGAACUAAAGCCUCGUCGCCACAAAGAUUCAGCAGCUGAAAUUAAAGUUUCUCCAACACAAACAUUUGCGUCAAAAACAAUUCUUUUAGAUCUCCUGCGUAAAUCUCUUCUGGUAUCAGCUCCGGCCAACAAGCAGCUUCUGGAUGCAGCCCUCCGUCUUGCCCACCUGAUUGGAAACAGCUCUCUGAUUGAGAAACUUAAAAAACUUCCUUUACUAGCUUCAUCAAAUCCAGAAGAAGAAAUCGAAAUCCCUUCUACGACUAACCUUUUUGUCCAGCACGAGGAAUCCAUCAGUCAAGCAGCUAAGAAGCUAGAGUUGGUCAAACUUCGCCGGUUGAAGAGCAAAGUCGUAGAGACAAGAACCGGUGCUGCAGAAAAUUCAAACAGAUGGGUUCUGUCAAGGUCAUGGAAUUCCUGCCCAAUCGGUAUGCUGCCUCACACUCUCGGUUCAUCAGGUCGUCUUCCCGUUCUUGAUUGGUCGCCAGAGUCACCAGAACGGAAAGAGAAGUGGGAAUUGAACCGGUGCAGUGGCAAGAGAGAAGCCAGUUCUGGCAUACAGCUGAUAGACAACACAAGUGUUAAGAAGAGAAGGGAAACAAUGGAGGGUCGUGAGUCAGAUGCAGUGGAAUGUGUCGAAGGUCACCUGAUGAUUGGUGGGAUUUGGAAGGGAAUCAGGGAAGAUGAGCUACUUGCCCUAGCGUCUGAAGUAAGAAUUUUAGCUUAAUCUCUAGCAGUUAUACAUUGGCAUCAAAUGUUGCCUAUGAAGCAGUUUUGUUUCCUGAUUAUUUCAACAAAGAUAAUAAACAUGGAAGUCUUAUUUUAGUA